AUGAUGGAUCGGUCAGUCAGCUUCUGGAUGAUGGUGCCAAUAGGUUUUUUGGAGCUGAUUUUUGGCAUGCGUGUACGAGUAUCUGGUGAUGAGAUUGAGUACGGUGAACCGGCACUUAUCAUUAUGAAUCACAGAACAAGGCUCGACUGGAUGUAUAUGUGGUCAGCAUUGUAUCAAAUAAAUCCAUGGCUGAUCACGUCCAACAAGAUUUCACUCAAAGUCCAACUGCAAAGCCUUCCCGGAGCUGGAUUUGGCAUGUCAGCAGCGCAGUUCUUAUUUUUGCACAGGAACAAAGAGAAAGACGCGGCAACAUUCGACGAAGCUGUUGCAUACUAUAAGAAUAUGGAAAAUAGUUAUCAGGUCCUUCUGUUCCCUGAAGGUACAGACAAGUCUCCGUGGACCACCACCAAAAGCUCAGAAUAUGCCAAGAAGAACGGUCUGAAGGAGCUCAAAAAUCUGCUUUAUCCACGAGUAGCCGGUUUCUUUCAUCUACUCACGAAAAUGAGAGAAGCGAAUUUCGUCACCUACGUCUAUGACGUCUCGAUUGCCUAUCCAUACAAUAUCGUUCAGUCAGAGGUGAGUUAA